CACUCACUUUCGUUGGUUUUUUUGUGACACUCAACACUCCAAGACACACUUUCCUCAUGGCUCAGAAUUCUCCCUUCUCAUACGAUGUGUUCAUUAGUUUCAGAGGCCAAGAUACUCGCUACAGUUUUACUGGCUAUCUUUACAAACAGCUCUGUAACAACAGAAUCCGCACUUUCUUCGAUGAUGAGGAGCUUCAAAGUGGAGAGCGAAUCACACCCUCACUAGUCAAGGCAAUUCAAGAGUCCAGGAUUGCCAUCAUUGUGCUCUCUGCCAACUAUGCUGCUUCUUCUUCUUGCUUAGAGGAACUGGUCCAUAUCCUUCACUGCAUCAAGGGAAACAAUCGGUAUGUUUUGCCAGUUUUCUUUAAGGUGGAUCCUUCUGAUGUGCGCUAUCAAAAAAAGAGUUUUGAAAAGGCAAUGGCUAAGCAUGAGAAGAGAUACAAGAAUGACAUGAACAAGGUGGACAAAUGGAAGAAGGCUCUGAUAGAGGUAGCCAAUUUGUCUGGCUAUCAUUUCAAAGAUGGGCAUGGAUAUGAACAUCAAUUUAUUGAAAAGAUCGUGGAAGACGUUUCAAGAAAGAUUAGGCGUGUACUGUUGCCCGUCACUGAUUAUACAGUUGGACUAGAGUCUCGAGUGUCAAAAGUAAUUUCACUUUUGGAAAUGGAUUCUGGUGAUGGAGUUCUCAUGGUAGGGAUACAUGGAAUUGGUGGCAUAGGAAAAACAACACUUGCUCUAGCACUUUAUAACUCAAUUGCUUACCAUUUUGACGGUAUGUGCUUUCUUGAAAAUGUGAGAGAAAAUUCACAAAAAUAUGGGUUGGUGCUUCUUCAAAAUAGUCUUCUUUGUAAGAUAUUAGGAAAGGAGGAAGUCCAGAUAGUAGGUGUUAAAGAAGGAAGCUCACAGAUACAACAAAGGCUUCGUCAAAAGAGAGUUCUUCUGAUUCUAGAUGACAUUGAUGAGUAUGAGCAGUUGAAAGCUAUUGCUGGAAAACCUGAUUGGUUUGGUCGUGGCAGCAGAAUCAUUAUUACAACACGGAACAAACAUUUGCUGACGUUACAUGACAUUGAAAAAACAUAUGAGGUACAAGGUUUAAAUAAGGAAGAGUCCUUAGAUUUACUUAUUUGGAAAGCUUUUAAAACAGAUAUUGUUAGCCCCAGGUACGUGAAUGUUUUAACCCGUGCAGUAUCUUAUGCUUCUGGACUCCCAUUGGCUUUGGAAGUAAUAGGUUCUAACUUGUUUGGAAAAGAAGUAGAACACUGGGAAUCUGCAUUACAUCAGUAUGAAAAAAUUCCUAAGAGGAAGAUCCAACAAAUACUUAAAAUUAGUUAUGAUGCUUUGGAGGAAUAUGAGAAGAAUAUUUUUCUUGAUAUCACUUGUUGCUUGAAAGGACAGAACCUGAUAGAAAUUAGAGAUAUACUUCAUGCUCAUUAUGGAGAUAACAUGAGAUAUCAUAUUCAACGGUUGGUUGAUAAAUCACUCCUAAAGAUUAAGGUUGGGGAUCAAGUGACAUUUCAUGAUUUAAUAGAGGACAUGGGUAAAGAAAUUGUUCGACAAGAAUCACCAAAUAUGCCAGGAAAACGUAGCAGGUUAUGGUCUCAUGAUGAUAUAGUUCAAGUUUUAGAAGAAAAUCAAGGGACUGAAACUAUUGAAAUGAUCUUUCUGGAGUUUCCCUUGCAAAAAAGGGAUGAAAAUGAAGAUUCAACCAAAAAGGAGAAAAAUAAACUUGUACAAGUGGAAUGGGAUGGAAAGGCCUUUAAGAGAAUGAAAAAUCUGAAAACACUUAUCAUAAAAAAUGGUUGUUUUUCCAAACGUCCCAAAUAUCUUCCAAAUAGUUUAAGAAUAAUGGAAUGGUGGGGAUAUCCUUCAAAGCGUUUUCCCUCUGAUUCUCAUCCAAAGAAGCUAUCCAUACUCAAGUUACCCAAUUAUCUCUUUAAGUCAUGCAAGUUGGAUAGCUUAUCCAAGAGGUUGGUCGCCUUGAAUGUUUUGAAUUUUGACAACAGCGACUUUUUGGAAGAAAUACCUGACGUGUCGAGUCUUGUGACUUUACAAAAAUUAUCGUUCAGUGGUUGUAAGAAUUUGAUUAGAGUUCACAGUUCAGUUGGUGUCCUCAAUAAUCUCAAAGUGUUGAAAGCUGAAGAUUGCCACAGUCUUAGGACUUUUCCAUCUAUCAAUUUGCCCUUACUAGAAAUACUUAUGUUAUCUUAUUGCUCAAAUCUUGAGAAAUUUCCAGAAGUAAAAGGAAAGAUGAAAAAUGUAGCAAUGCUUCAUCUGAGUGGCACUAAGAUAAAAGAUUUGCCAUCAUCAUUUCAAAACCUUUGUGGGUUGUCCAGUUUAAGUCUGUGUGGUAAAGACUUCCCUAGGAUACCAAGUGUGAUUGUGAAGAUGCCGAAACUGUCUACAGUUUUUAUUUCUAAAAUUCCCGUUUCUGUGACGUGGGCAUCACCAAACAAGUUGGAGGAGGGCAGCUCUUCAAAUGUUAGUAAUCUUGUUCUCUUCCACUACAGUCUGUCUGAUGACUUUUUUCCACUGGCUCUUGCAUGGUUUCGUAAUGUGAAAACAUUAGACCUGAGUCUCAAUAAUUUCACAAUCCUUCCCGAAUGCAUCCAAUAUUUUCGUUUUCUAAGCUCCCUUAGAGUUGAUCAUUGCCACUAUCUGAAGAAGAUUGAAGGGGUUCCACCAAACUUGAAACAAUUCUCGGCUGUAUGCUGCGAAUCCUUGUUGACUCCCUCGGGCACAAGCGUGUUACUCAACCAGGAAGUGCACGAGAAUGGAAACACCGAAUUUGCAUUGCCUGGAGAAUGUAUUCCAAAUUGGUUUGAGCAGCGCACGAAAGAAGGUUCUAUUUCUUUCUGGUUUCGUGGCAGAUUCCCUGCCAAAGAUCUUUGUCUUGCAAUUCUACUGAAGGAUUGGUUCCGUUGGUCCCAUCGUCCCCGCCUAAAGGAUGUAACAACCAUCGUGAGCAUUAAUGGCAAGCAAGUUUCCCGUGGCAGGGGGAGAACCAAAAUGCAGAAAUUAUAUAUUUUUGAUCUGUCCGUGACAAAUAAAAUGCAUCAUUUGGAUGAAAUAUGUUUUGAAAACGAAUGGAAUCAUGCGGAGGUUUCAUUUGAACUUGAAGAUGACGACAUUAUGGAGAUUGGAAUGCACAUAUUGAAGCAAAAGAGUAGUGGAAUCAUGGAAGAUAUUCAAUUCACUGAUCCUUAUAGAAAGAGAAAACGAGACGAUGAAGCUCUCAAUAGUAUUGCACAAGUUAUGGAGGGAGAGGGACAGCACUAGUGUAUGUCCAAGACAAGAAAAUAAGAUGAAGUGUUGAGGCUGCCAAUGCCAAAAGAGGCUGAUUUUCAGUUCGAUUCAGAUGCAAGCAAGACUAUCACUGAUACAACCACAGCAAGCCCAAGUCAACUAAACGGUCCAUAGGGAGGUUCAAGCAGCCCAAAAAGAGAAGCAGAGAAGAAUCUGAGCCAAUUCACACGAUGGUUAGGAAACCUCCUAAUAAACAAUCAUACUAUGUAUAUAUUCAUUAUUAUAGACAAUUCCAUUCUUUUUUACCUUUGCUGUCAUAAAUUUGUGAAUUCUGUAUGUACUUGUUAGAAGUAAUUUAAGACAUGACUGUCAUCUCUA